AACGUUCCCCAAAAUGCAUUGCGCUUUCAACAUGGCGUCUCUCGUAACAGUUUGACUUCUGUCAAAAAACGUAAAUGCUUACCAAGGAACUAAAAUAUCAAUUUGCGAAUUUAACGUGUAAUAUUUUAUGAUAAUGACGAAACUGUUCCUAACUGUGCUAAGACAAAUUCGAAAACCACCCGUUUACACUUGCCUUCAGCGCCUUCUGAGUUCCUGUGCUCCCGGCGGCCUGUUCACUGACCAGAAUGGGGCUCAAAUUUGCGGCUCCAGUCCACAGUUGGUUCAGAAACUCGUCUCCCAUGUGGAGGUGAGGACGUCCUUCAUCACGGAGGAGGAAGAGGAGGCGUUUCUACGAGAAUUAGAACCAGGUCUGAAGAAGAAACGCUACGAAAGCGACCACUGGGACGAUGCUAUUCACGGUUACAGAGAGACUGAGCGGGAUAGGUGGUCCCCAGAGUGUGAGAAGAUCUUGAGUCGGGUCCGAUCUGUAGCAUUUAAUGAGGGAAGUUCACUCCUCGGACCUGUUCACAUUCUAGAUCUGGACAAAAGUGGGUACAUCAAGCCUCAUGUUGACAGUGUUAAGUUUUGUGGCAGCACCAUUGCUGGUUUGAGUCUCCUGUCAGAUAGUGUCAUGCGUUUGGUGAAGGAAAAUUCCAACAGUGAAUGGCUGGACCUGAUGUUGCCUCGUCGCUCCCUUUAUAUACUAAGGGACCAGGCGCGAUAUGACUUCACCCACGAGGUCCUAAAAGAUGAGGACUCAUUCUUUAAUGGACAUAGAGUUCCUCGACAGCGGCGCAUCUCUGUCAUCUGUAGAAACCUUCCAGACUAAAGUUCUGUGUUCACUUUGGAUACUAAAACAAUUUAAAGGACUAUUGGUGGGAAAAAAUAAUAACAAAGUAUUUCAUCAUUUUCCCUGUUUGAUUUUGAAUAAAA